CCUAGGUAAAAUAUGUUUGUAAAUUGUGCGCGGCUAAGUUAUUUCGGCCUGGGCCGGUAAAGAAAUUCUUAUAUGAACUUUGUUAUCAAUUUGUGAAGUUUAGAUAAAUUUUGCGAUGAACAGGGAACUUGGUAAUGGUUAGUUUUCGUUCGCGAAACAUUCCGUAAUCCCGAAAUGGCUACAUUACUACAGCAAGCUAUUUACAAGGAGUUCCAAGGAGUGGACAAUCUAUCGAGGAACGUGGAAUCGGACGUAUUACACCAGCCGGAACUUCUAGACAGACUUACCAUCUCACAGAAACAUUUCGAUGAAUACAGGUCACGCACACAACGAACUCCCAAGGUGCCUUGGGGCCGCAGUAUUAGUUAUGGCGGUUUUGGUCCCAUCAGCCUUCCUGAAAGCCACCGUCCAAAGCAAGAACCCCCCACACGCGUACAGAAAGGACAUCGCCACUUUGGUGGUGGCGUGCUGCCUUUCCCGAGGGGUCUUCCGAUUGAGCAGUACUAUGACUUGACGCAACUGAAGAAAAGUAAUCUGAGACGAAAUGACGAGCUCAUUCCAGACCCACACAAGGUGGAUAUCAGCAAACACUUGAUCCAAUUACCGUUCCCAUCGGAGCACCCAUACUAUUCACACAUAUCCAAAAUGGCACUCUUUCCCAACUUCGAUUCACCGGACGAUAUAAGAAGGGGGAAGCUCGCAGCGACAAUGUACCCCACACUACCCUCCACCGCACCGGCUUCGGCACCAGACCCCGUUGUGGUACAAAAGACGAAGGGCAGCUUUGGCCGCAGGGAACUGGUCACGAUACAAAACGAGUCUGACAAAAAACCGCUGACGUGGAAUGGCCAUAACUUUUAUCAGCUUGUGAAAGGUCCCGCACUACAGCGUCAACAAUUCUACCCCACCCCUCCCUUAUCUCUUGACCCAAACCACGCGGAGCGCCCCCCUGACCUGACCGUGUGUCCCCGCACCGCGAACGCUUUGUACAACCUGAAGAAGACGCACUUGCAGACAGUGUACGGCACGCAGUACACAGGCAACGGACCGCAGAACGUGCUCAGGCUCGACAACUACGACGACGCGUGCAGGGGGCACGCACAUGAGCUGAAAGAGUAUUUCAAGAAUGAGUUCACUCCGCCACAUCCUUUGGAGGGCCGCCACAGCGAGAUUCGCAAACCUGUGAAACAAAAAAAGAGGAAGAGAAUCAUAGUUGGGGACGGUACGGAGCUUUGGGUGACAGACGACGAGGAUGACGACCUGCACACACAGUACAAAGUCCAAGAGUCAGCGGUACAGGCUCAAAAUACAUACGCAGAGGACACAAAGCAGCCUGUGGUCGAAAGGGAGCCAGGAACUUAUUCUAAAAAUGUUCAUCACCUGAUAAAUCACGAAAAUUCUGAGUUCGAGCAAGAUCUCCGCCAUGUUCCGGGCACAUAUUAUCCGAGUGCACAUCCGUACCAGGCAAAAUCUCUACUACAAUUUGACAAGAGCAGCUCUAGCUAUAAGCCAACGACACGGCCCGCCACUGCCCCGGAGAUCCCCCGACCGCGAUCGCCUACCAUCCACAAUAUGCCGAGCCAAGUACCCGAAGAAACAAAAACUGGCUCGACCAACAGCGACCUGUACCCGAAGUGGUUCCGAAAAAGUUCUGUUUACGGCCCGAGGAGACCUAGUACGGCUUUGAUCGAACUACAGAAUAGCUGGAGUAGGACCGAAGCUCAUCGGAAGUUCCACCAAGAGUUCCCCGAGAACGCGCCGGAUAUACGGCAAAAGCCUGACCUGCGAAUAACAACCAAUGAGCGACGCCACGUGAUUCCCGAAACGGGCGUACACGUAUUCUAUUAUCAUCGGUAGCGCUCUUGUACUUCAGGUGGACAAUACACGUGUCCCUGAUCUGUGUGCAGUUGGUGACAUUGAGUUUCCUUUCCUCACGCGCAAGUCUUCGUAUAAGCACGUGCAAAUAUUCGUAUGAGCACGUGCAAUUCUUUGUAUGAUCACGUGCAAGACUUCGCAUGAUCACGUGCAAGUAGUGCAACUAUGCAACGUGCAACUAUGUUCACAUGCAAAAGUCUAUGAUUGCAUGAGGAUUGAAUGACCCUCUUGUCUCUGGGAGGCCUGCGAUAUGAGUGCAGCCUCGCUUACUGAACCAUAUUUCUAAGUCAUCGAAAAUGUAUUACAUAUAGAACAAAUUCCUGCUAGGCACUCAGGUAGUUCGUCAUUGAUGGCGGUAUGGUGUCACUGAAAACCGAAAUGUACAGAAAAUGGAUGUAUGAUACACAAACACCUAAGCAUGAAAUUGCGUUAUUAAUCAUCACAAUAAAAAUAAACAAAUUGGGCAACUCUAAAAAAAAAAUAAAAACGGACACAACUUU